CGACCCGCGUUUGGAUACGUAAGCUUCAACUUCAACACGAAAAGAGGAAGAGAAGACCGUUUCAAACUAUCACCGUUUUAAACCAUCACUGAUCGCUCAAAAAAUGCUUUCUGCGACGAUACGAAUCCUUUAAAACGACAACAAAAUCCAGUCAUGUCAACCACAAGCUCAACCACGGCGACGUCGUUUUUAUCACGGACGCAGAGAUACGCAGCCGGAGCAUUAUUUGCAAUCGCUCUUCACCAAGCACAGAUCCAUCAAACCCGUCCGCUUGGCUUAUUCCACGAUGAUUCGGAACAAGAGGAACGAACCAGUUGCAGCAGUAGUCAUAGUAACGGCAGCAGCAGUGAUUCCGUUUCUGAAGACCCUGACCUUUGGAUCCACGAAAAUUCGGGCCUCCUCCGACCCGUAUUCAGGUUUUUAGAGGUUGAGUCAGUAGCAUGGACUGGACUUGAAGAGACAGCUGGUGGUUCUCCUGCUAAGCAUCAUGUUGGAGCUUUCUUGAGGUUAUUAUCAGAAGAAAGUGGCGAUGCGUCUUCUUCUUCUUCUCAAAGUUCGGAUCAAGAAUUUGCUUUGUCAAAGGCUGUUGAUGUUAUGGAAGAAACCAUGGGAGCAAAUCCUGUGUCUUCCCAGUCUAAGAAGGAGAAGCAUAAGGAGUAUGAGACUCAAUGUCGUGAAAAGUUAUCUGCUGGCAGUGAGGUGAAAUCAACCUCUGAGGUGGAAAAUGAUUCGCCAAAAACUGCGAAGGAUGAUCAUUCUGCUGAUGUUAGUGAUGCACCUCGAGACUCUGGACAUAAUGUUGAUGAGGAACCCGUUGAAGAGGAGAAGAUGCUAAGUAAUCAGAGGAAAGUGACAGUGCUGUAUGAAAUUCUUUCAGCUUGUCUGGCUGAUAGACGAGAAGAAAAUAAAAAAUGCACCCGAAAAAGAAAUGGCUAUGAUGCUCGACAUCGUGUGGCUCUGAGAUUGCUGGCAACUUGGCUUGAUAUUAAGUGGACGAAAAUGGAAGCCAUUGAGUUGAUGGUUGCGUGCUCUGCCAUGGCUGUAGCAAAAGAGGAAGCAUCCAAGGAAGAAACCAAAUCGCCUAAAAGCAAAUGGGCUAAAUGGAAGCGUGGUGGCAUCAUUGGUGCGGCUGCAAUAACUGGAGGAACCUUAUUGGCCAUUACUGGUGGAUUAGCUGCCCCUGCAAUUGCUGCAGGAUUUGGUGCUCUAGCACCAACAUUGGGCACUAUUAUCCCUGUAAUUGGAGCUAGUGGAUUUGCAGCUGCUGCAAGUGCUGCAGGAACUGUUGCUGGCUCUGUUGCUGUUGCUGCAUCAUUUGGAGCUGCUGGAGCUGGACUUGCGGGGACCAAGAUGGCUAGGAGAACUGGAAGUGUUGAUGAAUUUGAAUUCAAAGCUGUAGGAGAUAACCAUAACCAAGGCCGACUAGCAGUUGGGAUUAUGGUCUCAGGAUGCGUGUUUGACGAGGAAGAUUUUAUCAAGCCCUGGGAAGGACAAAAUGACAACUUGGAGAGGUAUGCGCUGCACUGGGAACCUAAGAAUCUAAUUGCAGUGAGCACUGCCAUUCAGGAUUGGCUUACUUCAAGAAUUGCAAUGGAGUUUAUGAGGCAAGGUGCAAUGCUGACCGUGUUAAGCACACUUUUGGUAGCAUUGGCCUGGCCAGCAACAUUACUUGCCGCUACUGAUUUUAUAGACAGCAAAUGGACAAUUGCUAUCGACAGGUCUGACAAAGCUGGGAAGCUGUUGGCAGAAGUGUUACUAAAAGGACUGCAAGGGAACAGGCCUGUAACCCUUGUGGGUUACUCACUUGGUGCACGUGUAAUUUUCAAGUGUCUUGAGACUUUGGCCGAGACAGAGCAUAGUGCUGAAGUUGUAGAAAGAGUCGUUCUUCUUGGAGCACCCAUCUCUAUUAAGGACCAGAAGUGGGAAGCUGCAAGAAAGAUGGUGGCUGGAAGAUUUGUGAAUGCUUACUCCACCGGUGACUGGACCCUUGGAGUUGCUUUUCGUGCAAGCCUACUCACUCAAGGAUUAGCUGGAAUUCAACCAGUAGAUGUUCCAGGGAUUGAGAAUGUAGACGUAACCGAUCUAGUUGACGGCCACUCUUCCUACCUAUGGGCAACACAACAGAUAUUAGAACAGCUUGAACUGGAUGCUUAUUAUCAUGUUUUCAGGAGCCCUAAUCCUCCUGAACACACAGACUGACUUUUCCUCUUGAGGAGCUAAUGCCAUGGCAUCAAGCUCAUUCACCCCAUAGCUUCAUGUCUUGAUUUUUGUUAUUCUUCCUAUAUAUAUAUAUAUAUAUAUAUAUAUGUUACCACCCAGAAGAAACAUUAAAAUAUGGGUUGAAUUUUUGUCAGAUGAUCAAAAUAAAAUCGGCCGUUUCUCGAAGAAAAGGGAAAAAAGAAGAAGAAAGAAAUAGUGGACAAGGCUAUGUAUUCACUAACAUUACUAAUGGCCCAGUUUACGUUAAGGGAGGGAGAGGCCCCAAGUUCCAAAGUGAACCAAACGUGGCUAUAUGUUUAAUUGCAUUAUUUGUAUUGUAAAUGCUGUCUAUUUAUUAAAUUUGAUUUCAUUUUUUUUAAAUAA